UUGCGGAGCAAGAUGAAACAAUUGAUCAUUUUGUCGUUGCUUUCUGUCACAUGUGCAAUUGCUUUCGGCGAGGAAGGCUUAUAUAGAGAAGGGAGACAACUGCAACAAAUUUUUAACCAAUGUACUUUCUUCGAUAAACUUGCACGAUUGGCAAAGAGUUACAGAACGCUUCCAAUUGCUGAUUUGAUUUUCGAGGCUACGGCUGUUUCUGAUUUAAUGCAGAGAUACAGGGCGCAUCACAUCCUUAAGACGUAUGUAAGCGUUUUUAGGAAAUUCGUCACCCCCAACGUGAAGCUAUUGGCGGGUUUCUUGGUUGAGUUUCACAGUGCACGUCCUAAAAUGGUAGACGCCUUGGCUAAAAUCACAUUCAAUAAUGCGGUUAAAAACAAAGGUCUCGCUUUCAUGAAGGUUUCGCUUCCAUUCUAUACACACGGAUCUGAGAUGUUAAAAUUUGAAGAAAUUUCAACAUUUGGCUUGGGAAGUGUCCUAAAAUCUGGCGUACAACUAUCAAAAAUGGUGAAAAAAGCAAUGAAAAUAUCCAAUUCCAACGAGAAGACGAUACUAAGUCAACUAAGCAAAAGCAUUUUACCACUGACGAAAACUGCGAAAACGGGAUGGAAAGCUUAUGGCCGAAUAAACAGCGGAUUCAAGAAGAUAUUAGCAUUAAUUAAAAAGGCAGGCGGAUCUAGAAGACGUAGUGUGCGAAGUACAAGUGAUGAUUGCAUCGACUGCAUGUGUAAGGCAUCUGGUUGCGAGAAAUAUCUUGGUAAAUGUACCAACGACGGUGGGACUUGGAGAUGUGGUCCAAUGUGGAUAAGUGAGGCGGUUUGGAACGAAUGUGGAAGACCGAAAGGAGAUUGGAAGUCCUGUGCGAGGGAUUCUGUUUCUUGCACAAAGCAGUGUGUGAGGAACUACCUUAAUAAAUAUAGAACACGCUGCACGGGGAAACCUGCCGACCAAAUUACUUGUGAAGAAGAUGCGAAACUUUAUAUGGCAGGUCCACCAAAUGGAUGCAAAAGUACAGCGUCCUGGGCAACAAAUUAUUGGAACUCCGUUAAAGAAUGUUUACCCGUAUCAAAACCAUAUGAACGAGAAUCAAUAAAUGGAUUGAACUGUGCGGAACCUCAGUUUGAACCUGGUUGCCCAAAGUGUGGUGACAAAGGGACGUGUGGUAAAGUACUAUCGAGGAGGACUUUUUGCAAGUGUAACCCAAUGUAUUACGGUGAACUUUGUACAUCCCGGUACACAAGAAAUGAUAUGGCAGAAUGUGAAGCAUGGGGAGACGUGCAUUAUGUAACAUUUGACAACGCCACGCUUGAUAUUCAAAAUGAGUGCGAAGUUCAACUGGUAAACGGUUUUGGAAUAGAACCACAUUUUGAAGUUAGAUUAUUACCUUAUAAAAAAAGUCCAGGUGCUGAUGUUUCUUUCACUAAACGAAUUACCAUUAUUACAAGAGACAAAACAAAACAAACUUGGAUCGAAAUACUUCAUAAAGACGAUAAGGGGCACCACGUAAAGGUCAAUGGGGUGCGAGUUACGACCUCUCAAUUGCAAGAACCAUACGUACACAGUGUUAACUACUUCAUCGGAGGUGAGUCAGAACCGAUAAAACACACAAUCGGAUUAACCACAAGGAAGAGUACUGAUUUCGUCGAAGUUAACAUCGAAGAAGGUGCCGGCUUGAUUGUGCAGUAUGAUGGAAAUCCUGCCAACGGAUACGCUUAUGUUAGAUUAACAGACAAUUGGAAAGGCAAUGUUAACGGUGUUUGUGGUAACUUUAAUGGGAAUCCAAAUGAUGAUUUACGAAAAAAGAGCGACCCUAUCUAUGUCAACAGAGGCAACGAGGAUAACUUCGGCCUUUUAAUUGGCAAUAGUUGGAAAACUUCUCUGGUGUGUAGAGACACUGUAAAAGACGAUUCCAUUGACAUGGACCGACCUUGGAGAGACUUAGAAGCCGGGCGAAAUAAUAAGCGCAGAGAUAUAAACAAAUUGAAGCUGACAAAACUUUACUGCCAGUACGCGGAUUGUGGCGGGGAGACUGGGACUCACAAAUGGGAGUCGUGUGUUGCUGACACGUAUUACGCAGUUUCAGUUGAGCAACAAUGUCAUAUACUCGAAACGAGUAUAUUCGCCGCGUCUAGAUGCUGGAGAACGGAAUUCAAUUGUUCGGCUAUAGUUGAACAAGGACAGAACAGGAAAUAGAUGGAUUAUCCAGAGAUGAGAAGAGAAUUAAGAUGUUUCGAGAAUUUAAUCAUCAAUAAAAUGUAGC